AUGGCUAGACGUAUUGCACUUAAUCUAGGGCAGCGAACUGCGCUGGCAAAUGGUGGACGAGGCAGCUUCGGCAACAGAGGUCGAGGUCAAGGUAAGGGAGUAGGAAGGAAGACAGACACAGAGGAUACAAACGAAGCGGUUGGCAACAUACCGACGUCGUCGGAGGAGACGCAGGGGAAGAAAAGUCAAGCUACGUCGAAAAUACGAGAAGAGAAGAUAACAAUCGUUGACGUUCCGGCAGACGACUUGGCGAAGACAGACGUUGAUCUCGAGUCGCACCAGACAGCCGGACAAGAUGCUUCUGAAGAACCCUCGAGGGGAAGGAAAAGGGCAAGAGAGCCAGAGGGAGAGGAGGAUGAGAAGGUGGAGGUUGUGGAUUCCGAUAUGAUGCGGCUGAUGGGAUUUGAAAGUUUCGAUACGACCAAGAACAAACACGUCAAAGGGGUCGACUGCUUCGGUAUCAGCUUCAAACAAAAAACUGAGUACAGACAGUAUAUGAACAGAGAGGGAGGAUUCAACAGGAACCUCUCACCCACUAGAGGCGACAGGAAAAGGAUCAAGAUUUCUCUCAAAAAAAAGUGA